AUGCCCGUGCUCGGCUCCGCUGUGAAGCUCCAGUACCGCACGGAGAUGCGGGCCUCAUGGGCCAUCGUGGACGGCGCAUUCGAGUCCGCGGUCAUACUGGGGCCGCGCGCGGCGCAAGUGCUUUUGCGCCACAGUACCCGGGCAUCCCACCAUGAGUUCCCGUACGCCCUCAGCGUCAUGGCGGGGCUGGUGGCGUGCACGAACGGUGCCGAAGUCGCUGUCUUCCCCGGCCCCGCGAGUCCUUUGAUGUUCUCCGUGAUCAACGUCAACUACCCGCAGACUCGGAAGUCUUCCACGCACAGCUCCAUGCGUGAAGUGUCUAAGGAGAUCGACGGGCGGAGCAAAGACAGGGCUAAGGGCAUCGUGCGCGACGGGCUCCACGCAGAGCAAGGGGCGCUCGGGGGGGGACCUGCGGGACCGCCGCCCGCGCAGGUCAAUUCGGCGACCUUGACUUCCUUCACGAACGCGGCGUUCUUCCAGCGCUGCGCGGGAGAUUGGGGGCAAGUACGGAAUGGUGCCGAACUCGGAUGCCCGGGCCGAGUGCACUUUGGCACUCUCAUCAACGUGGACGAGGCUUACAAGAUGCUUCGAAUGAUUGGCCUCGCGAGCGCUGGUGGCGCGGCAAGCAAGGGCGGCGACGCUCUGGAUGUCACAGACGCGGCCAGCGAGUUCAACCGCCUCCUGCAGACUGGCACUGCGAGCUACACAACGAAGAACGCAGGUGCGUACGGCGAGGCGGCCGCGCCAACCAUCAGUAUGGGCGUCCUCGGGAACGGGCGCCCCUCAGUCAUCAUUCCUAUGGAGAGGGGCGACAUUGGGUCCAACCACGUCGCAGCGAAAGAGCGAUUGCUCUUUGUCACUGGCCGUCCAGUGGAGCCGCACGCCCCGGUGCCCGCCCGGCUGCAAGUUCGGACCGGGGAGGUUUUCAAGCCGUGGGCGUGGCCGAAGUUGCUGAUGUGCAUGAUCGGCCCGUUGGGCUUGCCGGCUGAAGUCGCCGCGCCAGCGGGGGCCAGGGCGAAGCUCCAGCGGGCCCGGCGGCGCCCAGACUGCGGCGACGAGUCCGACGACGAGGGCGACGCGGACGACGCUUUCGACCCUGAUGCCAGCGGCUACAUGAUAGAGCUCGUGGACGGCGCGGCCAGCCGUCUGCGGUUCCGGAAACGGCACGGCGAGCGGGGAGAAGUCGCUUGGGUCGCGGAGCACAGGGUCGCGAACAGGGCCGUCCCCAUCCCGGAGGACAUGACCAUGAAGAGGCUUGCGGAGCGCGUCUUGGAGUACUUCUCGGCGCCGCACGCCGUCAUUCCUUGGGCCGAGGACGCGUUGCUCGCCCACAAGGGGCUCUGCGUCUGCUUCGACGCGGAGUGCGCAGUGCGGCGCGACGAUGGCGACGUGGAGGAGGCGGCGCGCCUCGGGGCAGCCCCAUGGCACCUGGCAAUGCUGUCCUCCGCUCUGUUGGUGCUGGAGAUCGCUGUCGGCGAGCGCGACGGCACGGCCGACUUCCGCAACCGGUGCCUGCGCGUUCAGGAGGCGCACGUCGUGCGGGGGUUCGACUUGAUCCGCCUGUGCCACGAUGGCGCACCUGGCGGCGCGGGGGCGGGCACUUCCCCAGCCGACGUCGACCCCCCCGUCCACCCCGCUGGAGCCCCGCGCGGCGGGGCGCCCGCGGCAGCGCCGGCGCAGCCGCUGAUGCUCUUGAAGCCGGGCGAUCCGGAGGUGCCCAGCAUGGACGUGCAGCGGCCCGACGAUGGAGCUGUGAUCUUGAAGGACCGAGAAGUGAUGAAGAAGACGCUCAUGCGUGGGGGCGCACGGGUCUUCUGCCCGGACGCGUGCGACAGCAUCUCCGUGGUGUCGGCGGGCGAGGGGGCCAAGCGAUCCAGGAAGGCAUUGUGCAGGGCGCACUGGGAAGCCGUCAUGCGCGCAGGCCUGGAGAAGUACCGCGUCGGCACGUUCGUGCACCGCACCGACUCCGAGGCACCCCCGCAGGGCGACGCGGCGGCCGCGGGCAUGUUCCACAACCGCCUCAUGGAGAUGUGCCAGUUGGGUUUGGCGACAUACAUGGAGUGCGCGUCGAAGAGAGCGGAGAAGCAGUCGGCUAGGCCGCCGAAGAAGCGCGCUCGGGGGGCCGCUGCCGACCCGGCCGCCGGCGCAGCCGAAGAGCGCGCCGGGGGCGCAGCCGGCCCGGGCGAGGCGGCAGCGGGCGCGCCCGCGCGCGCCGGGGGGGGCGCUUCCCUGAGUGCGGAGGCUGCGGGCGCGCUCGCGCCAGGCGAGUAG